UCUCUCUCUCUCUCUCUCUCUCUCUCUCUCUCUCUCUCUCAUUUUCUUUGAUACGAUACUGGUGUUUAAAGCUGAAGUGUGUAAUAUUUUUUCAAUGCUAAAAUAGUUUCACUGCUUAGUAUGCGGAGACUAUAAGUAAGCCAUUCAUAGGUAAAUUCCCCUGAAAAGUGUAAAUACUAUGGUUCUGUAAUGCUAUCAAAACAUUGUUCUAUUUGUUUUUGCCUCCUGACGCAGCAACAUCAGCUCAACCAGUGGUGUGCGUUCAGGGCAGGACUAUCUUGUUUCUCUAACCAAUGGUAGAUGGGGGAAGUGUUCAAGAAACAGACUUUUUACAUUAAUUUCCACUGGGUGUCUUUCAUUCCAGCACCUUUUGUGAAACAAGUUCUUUAGAUAAUGAUUUAGUGAAAGGCUCUCAGAAUAUUUUCUAGCUAGACUUGCAUCUGUUAUCCUUGCUGGGAUUUUCUUUUCUUAAAGGGCAUCCAAAUUAAAUAUCCUAGAUGGAUCAGGAGCUUUGGAAACUAAAUAGCAACGACAAAGUAAUCGUUAUUCUUUAAAUACAGCCCUAACCCCUUUAAAGCCUAGAGAUUAAACCUCCCAUUAUGGAUUAAACCCCUUUAUAGCUUAUUUCCAUUGAAUUAAUUAAUGUACACACUGUUAUCAAGAGAAAAAAAAACUACAGGAAGGAAGACUCAGAAGGAAGGAAUUUCUUGCAUUGUUUAACUUGGCUGCCACACAUCAGUGGAAAGCUGUAUGCUGACAGUAUAAAGGACAAGUAUAGUGUACAACAUAAAGGACGUGUUCAAUAGACCACUCUUAUCCAUCUGUCCGUCUGUCCGUCCAUCCAUCAAUCAUAUGAAAAUACAUUAUACAUUACAUAAAAUACAUUACAUCUGCAAUAUAAACAAUACACUUGCAAGACAUACAGUAUUACCAAGAAUACUGUAUACUAUAGCUGAGUUAGAAUGGCAUGUGUGUGCAUGACAAUGUGUCCCUGGAUACUAUUUUCAUACCUGUGUUCACUCUAAAAAGAUGUGUAGUGUGUUUGCAUUGUGUAUUUUGUAAUUAAUUUGUCUGAUGGAGUGUGUUCCCUCUGAGAGCAGUGGAGAGGUUCUUCUCCCCAGGUGAGGAUGCUCUGGUGAGGAUGGAGGAAAGAUGAAAGAACUGGGGAGAUAAGAAUGUUGGCUGACAGAUGUGGACAUGUCUUACACAUUUUCCCUCAGGCAGCAGAUUACAACAUGCUUUGAAUGAAGCUGUAGUUGUGAGUUCAAGGGGCUAAGUGUGGUCUGUGGUCUCUAUGGAUCAGGAUAUUGAGAGAACAAACAGAGACGUCUACACACCAGUCACAGAGACCUCUGGGGAAAGCUCAUCAAUGGAGCCCCGCAAAUAUCAACACAUUCUUUACACAAUUCUGCAUCACUGGAGGUUGUAAGCCGGGUCGCAGCGCAGCAGGGUUUUGACUUGGAUCUCGGCUAUCGGCUCCUGGCUGUGUGCGCAGCCAACCGUGACAAGUUCACCCCAAAGUCUGCAGCUCUCCUGUCAUCCUGGUGCGAAGAGCUGGGACGACUGCUUUUGUUGCGGCACCAGAAGAAUCGUCAGAGCGAUCCACAGGGCAAAGUGCCCUUACAGCCACCCAUGAACUCUAUGAAGCCCUCACUCUCUCAUGGUGAUGGGUCCUUUCCAUAUGACGGUGUUCCCUGGCAACAGAAUGCUAACCAGGCCCCGGGCUCGUUGUCAGUGGUUACGACGGUGUGGGGAGUUACCAAUACGUCACAAAGUCAGGUAUUGGGUAACCCCAUGGCCAACACCAACAAUCCCAUGAACCCCGGAGGCAAUGCACUAGGGUCGGGUAUGUCAGCCAACAACCCAGGGAUCAACUCACCUCAUUUCCCUGGCCAACAACAACAGUUUUCAGCCAAAGGGGGUUCCAACCAGGCCUACAUGCAGCAAAGCAUGUAUGGUCGUCCAGGGCAUCCGGGAGGAGGAGGCUAUGGUGGAAGUUACCCGGGUGGGCCGAAUGCUCCAGGUGGCAUCGGCAUGCCCCCUCAUACACGCCCCCCCUCUGACUUCACCCAGCCUGCUGCUGCAGCCGCCGCCGCUGCUGUUGCUGCUGCCGCUGCCACGGCGACCGCCACUGCCACGGCAACCGUAGCUGCCCUGCAGGAGACCAGCAAAGACAUGAACCAGUACAACCAGGUCUGUUCAUCUUUCCAGAUGGGACCUACACAAGGCUACAACAACCAGUUCAUGAACCAGCCUGGGCCCCGCGGCCCCCCGUCCAUGGCAGGAGGCAUGAACCCAGCUGGUAUGGGAGCUGGCAUGAAUAGCUCCAACAUGAGUGGCCCACCCAUGGGCAUGAACCAGCCCAGAGGGCCAGGGAUGGGACCCUUCAGUGGCCAUGGCCAAAGGAUGCCCCAACAGGGUUAUCCUGGCCCCAGACCUCAGUCAAUGCCCAUGCAGGGCACUAAGAGGCCCUAUCCAGGAGAGCCAAACUAUGGAGGCCAGCAGUUUGGACCCAAUGGCCAGUUUCCCAACCAGCAAGGGCAGUACCCAAACCCAAAUGCUUCUAGAGCUCUUCCUUCACCCAAUUACCCUGGCCAGAGGAUGCCGGGACAGCAGGGCUCUGGCCAAUACCCCCCAACAGGAGUGGCCAUGGGCCAAUAUUAUAAGCAAGAGCCAUUUAAUGGUCAGAAUAACAAUUUCUCUGGAGGUGGUUAUGGGUACAAUCAAGGAAAUGGACCUCCUCGGCAGGUGGUGAACUACCCCCACUCGCCUGUUCCCGGUAACCCCACACCACCCAUGACUCCAGGAAGUAGUAUUCCUCCAUACCCGUCGCCCAAUCAGGACGUUAAGCCCCCGUUUCCUCCAGACAUGAAGCCAAACAUGACGUCUCUGCCUCCACCUCCAAGCAAUCCCAAUGAAGAGCUGCGUCUGACGUUCCCUGUGAGGGAUGGGGUGGUGCUGGAGCCCUUCAGACUAGAGCACAACCUUGCCGUCAGUAACCACGUCUUCCAUCUGCGCCCCUCCGUCCACCAGACACUCAUGUGGAGGUCUGAUCUGGAGCUGCAGUUUAAGUGCUACCACCACGAGGACCGGCAAAUGAACACCAACUGGCCCGCAUCCGUCCAAGUCAGCGUCAACGCCACCCCUCUCACUAUAGAGAGAGGCGACAAUAAGACAUCUCACAAACCCCUGCACCUGAAGCACGUGUGUCAACCGGGGAGAAACACCAUCCAGAUCACAGUCACGGCCUGCUGUUGUUCGCACUUAUUCGUGCUGCAGCUGGUCCACAGACCAUCAGUGAGAUCAGUCUUGCAGGGUUUACUGAAGAAGAGGCUCCUGCCUGCCGAACACUGCAUUACCAAAAUUAAACGAAACUUUAGUAGUGUUGCAGCCUCCUCUGGGAACACCACACUAAAUGGGGAGGACGGAGUAGAGCAGACAGCCAUCAAAGUGUCUCUAAAGUGUCCAAUCACAUUCCGAAGGAUCCAGCUCCCUGCUAGGGGACACGACUGCAAACACGUGCAGUGCUUUGACUUGGAGUCCUAUCUGCAGCUGAACUGUGAGAGAGGAACGUGGCGAUGUCCUGUAUGCAAUAAAACAGCAUUGUUGGAAGGGCUGGAAGUGGAUCAGUACAUGUGGGGAAUUCUCAAUGCCAUUCAAAAUUCAGAGUUUGAAGAGGUCACCAUUGACCCAACAUGUAGUUGGAGGCCGGUGCCCAUAAAGUCAGACAUUCACAUAAAGGAGGACCCAGAUGGCCCUCUGGCCAAGCGUUUUAAAACCAUGAGUCCCAGUCAAAUGAUCAUGCCAAAUGUGAUGGAUAUGAUUGCCCAGCUGGGUCCUGGCCCUUCACCCUACACCUCCCUCCCCCCACAGCACGGAGGAAACAAUGGCGAAUAUGGGGGCCAAGUUAGAGGCAAUAGUUACCAGGGCCAUGGAAACUUUGACUUCUCCCACAGUAACUCUGGUGGCGGAGCUCCUAUGAAUGACUUCAUGCACGGACCCCAGCUCUCCCAUCCACCAGACGUGCCCAACAGCCUCAUGGGCCCUGACAAGCCUCUCGGCAUCGGCAUGCCCGACUUGAUGCCCCAUCCUGUGAGCACUGAUCAAUCCCAUGCUUCCAUGCAGCCAGGCAUGCACGCAUCCCCACACCCCAACAGCCAAUCAGCUCAGCCAUUGCAUCACAGCGGCCCCCCAUCCUCCCAGCCCCCACGGCAGCCCCCGCACCCACAGCAGCCCGGCCAAAACAGUCACCCGCAUCCCGAUAUGACCUUCAACCCUGCCGCUGAUGGGCAUGCAGGUGGCCAGGGACCUGCAGACAUGCCCGAGCCUUCCCUGGAUCUUCUGCCAGAAUUGGCGAACCCAGAUGAGUUGCUGUCAUAUUUAGACCCACCUGACCUCCCGAGCAGCAGCAAUGACGAUCUGCUCUCCCUCUUUGAGAACAACUGACUUCUAUCAAUUGGCCUUUUGGAGAGGCCUUAAUUUGUUUGGCUGUCAGGAAUCAAGAGGCACCCUGAGGACUGACUCUGUACUUUGUAAACAGGAAACAGCCAUCCUUUUGCCUCUUCCUCAUGUAAAUAUCUCACUCUUUUACAAGCGACCUUUCCACACAUAUAUGACAGCCAUGUUGGUUGGCACUAAAGUGAUAUCUUUCAAUACUAAUGGAAAUACAUGUGCAGCUAUAAUCAGUUCAUAUGAAUACGUCACACAGAACUGUGUGUGUGCUCACUAGGAAAGUAUUGUAGCAUUUUUUAAAUUCAGAAAAGAAGACCUGAAUAGACAACACACACACACACACACACACACACACACACACACACAUAUAUAUAUAUAUAUAUAUAUAUAUGUGUGUGUGUGUGUGUGUGUGUGUGUUCCAGCCUCUGUGUGUCUGCAAUCUCUUGAAGGUUUGCUCUUCCAAGCUCUACCAUCACAUCUUCCCAAAUCCUUGUCAAAUGUCCUUAGCUGUCUGUCUGUCCAUCUCUGUUGAAAAAGCACAAAAGAAUGUGUCAAAUUGUACCUGGAAGCCUGUAAAGGAGACAACAAAGGGAAGAAAGCUUAUAUCACAAUCACCGUGACAAUUGGCACCAGAAGGAUCUAACGCUCCCAUCCCAGAGACUAACGAUGGGAGUUUCUGAAAGUCCUCCAACACUCCCAAACUCUCAUUUCUCCCAUUCCUGUCACGCCAUAGGACACAUGAAAACGUGUUCUUUUCCAGUAAGCACAGCAGCUUUGCACCUCAUUUUGUAAUAUGAUUCAUAUGUCCACCGCAUUCAGGCAUAUGCGUCAUGUACAAAGUUAAACAAAUGCUUGAGGGCAUCACGGCAUGUAUUGUUUCCUUCUCAAGACAAAAACAUUUCAGCACUGUACCCUUGGCAUUGUGCAUCUUCCGAUAGACUAUACCUCCUUCCGCAAUGUCCUUUGGAUUCUCCACACUAAUGGUCACACAAAGCAAGAAGAAAGCAAAUCACAUUUCGAAGAGUAGUGAGUCUUGUGUCAUCUGCCUUCUGUGAGUUCUCGUCAUGCAUGAGGCUUGGGCGUUUUAGGCCUGUGAUGUUUGUACCUCUCUUUCAACAAACUGCAUACGAUGUUUAAACAUUCAGUGUUGCCAAUCGCCCCUUAUUUUAGUGAUAAAGUAUGACUGAUUUUUUUUUUCAAUCACUUCUUUUGUUAUUUGUUGUUUUUAUUCAGCCUUUUAUUCAUGAACUGUCGUAUUUAAAAUUUUAUUUUAUAAUGCACAAUAUAUUGUUCAUAUUAUGGUAAUAAUUUUUUAUUUCUUUUGUCCUGUUGUCACAAUAUUACAAAUGUACAAAACAUGUACAUUUAUCAAAAGAUGUCCAUGGAUUACCAAAGUUAUGCACCCUGAUAUGAGAAGGUGGCCCAAACCUGUUUUGACAAGGUUAAACCUAUUUUCAACCAAACUGUUAAACAUAGAAUUUGAUAAAAAUGUGUAAUUCCUUCUCACUUUUAUCAUUUUGUUUACAUGUAAAAUCAAAGUAAUUAUACAGCAAACAAUGAAGAAAGCUUUAUAUAUAUAUAUAUAUAUAUAUAUAUAUAUAUAUAUAUAUAUAUAUAUAUAUAUAUGUUCUAUAUUUAUAGAUUUUACUUUUUAAUUCAUCUAUAAAAUUAAGCUAUAUAUUAACUCAACAUCCAUCAAAAAUAUUACACAAACUGUACAUUUCAGUUCAUUUUUACAUAAAUAUGCGACCUAUCUGUGUACAUCUCAGUAAAACUUUUAUACAAUUAGAUAACAGCACGAAAUGAGAACGAAAGUUUUCUGGAUUUUAUUUCAAAUCAACAAUGACCCCUUGAAUAAUUUUCAGUAUUUAUGAGUAUGUUUGUUUGUAGUGAUGACAUUUCUAUGAAACUGAUAUUUCUCAAAGGCUGUCCUUUGUCCUAUUGAAUACUGUUUGGAAUGUGUUUUAUUGAAUGCAACCACCGUUUGAACAUGUUUUCACUUUAAGUUAUUUUUUUAUGAAUUGCAAUAUUAGGUUUUAGUUUUAUCUGUUCUUCUUGGUGUAGAAUUAUGUACAAAAAUGAUGUUUGUCAUUGACAAUUGAAAUACUUAGAACUCCGACAGGAAAAUGUGAGUUCAAAAUCUAUAGAGUUUGUCUGUAGUUCACUUGUAUAUCCUUUUUCAAAGAUGCACUGCCACAUAUUCGUUCCCACCUUGUAGACACAAAUAGGCAUAAACUGAACUUUAAGACUCCUAAAGUCGGCUCAUGCUGAAGUCUGAGCUGUCACAUACUAUCGCUGUACAGUUGUUGAGGAGACAGUGGAUGCUGAGGCAGAAACAGAAAUAGUUCUAUGAAUUAGACCGUGUUCAAUUCUGAGCCACAGGUGAGGGUUUGGAGAGGGUCGAAGAGAAAACGGGAAGGGGCACAUUACAGUAGGGAUGCAUGUACAUAUGUAAAUGAUAAAUAGAGACAUGUUAACAGAAAUGUAUUCAUUUUCCCCAGGGGAAUGUGCAUUGUGUAUUUAGAAUUUGUAAAGCUUGCAUCCUCCCAUCAGAAUCUAAAUUGGGUAAAAUGAAUCUGUGUUUGUUAGCGUCUGUGGAACCUCUUGGCAUUUGUUCACUUUUGUAAAAUAUCCAUCCCACAUAACAGGAAUUUGGGGAGGGGAUAAAAAGAGACACAUUUGUUUUACAUUUGUGUAAUAUUUAGCUUAUGUGUAUUGCUCCAUUUCUUGUGUACUUAUCAAGGUGCUACAAAAGAUAAUGAAGAAAAUCCUGGGGAAUAAUUUCGAAAAUAGGGACACGGGGCCAGGAGCGGUUCCAAAAGAUUGUAACCAAAAUCCAGAGUUUGUAUAAUUUUGAUAUCAUGAUCAGGAAAAAACAAAACAAAAACAAAAAAAACAAAAAAAAAAACAAGGUACAAUCUGAGGUGAUUGGCGCCAAACGUUGCAGUUGUCUUUGCUUGUACAUUCUGUUGUACAAUCAUUUCAUAUUCUAAACUGGUCAGAAGAAAAGAAAAAGACAAAAACAACAAAAAACUAAUUGUGAUUUUUAGUCUUGCAAAACUGUAUGUAGUUAGAUGCUGUGACAUCCUAAUAUUUAUCUAAUAAAUAUGUAUUCAGAUGAAACAAC